UGGCGGUAAUGCACCGUGUUGGUUUGCAAACCGUCAAUAAAAUUCAAAGAAGAAGAGGAUCGAAGCGUAACAACACUUUUAUUAUUGAGUCUGUAACGAAGCUGUAUCCAUGGACAGCAGAGCCUUAAAGAAUCCGUAUCCUGACUUUGAUGGAAGUUAUGCGUCUGCUCCGUUUGACAGUCAGGGAAAGCUCACAGCGGAGUUUUCCGAGCGACUGAACAACAACAUCUACGAGCUUUUAGAAGCCAUGGAACGUGGCUUGAGGUCUGCAGACGCCAAAGACUGCACCACUUACACAGGCUGGACAGGUAUUUCUUUGCUCUACCUGCGUCUCCACAGUGUCUUCAGUGUUCCUUCCUUCCUCCAGAAGUCUCUGGAGUAUGUUAACCAGAGCCUGAAGUGUUUGACCCGGCGCCAUGACGUCACCUUCCUGUGUGGGGAUGCUGGACCGCUGGCUGUGGCUGCUGUAGUCUGUUACCGCCUGCAGAGGGUGCAAGAGGCUGACGAGUACAUCAACAGAUUGCUUCACAUGCAUAAGGACGUGGUGACAGUUUCAGGUAGGCUGCCAGAUGAGCUGCUUUAUGGCCGGAUGGGCUACCUCUACUCGCUUGUUUUCAUCAACCAGCAGCUUGGCCAAGAAAGGAUCCCUCUCCAAUACAUACAACAAAUCAGUGAGGCCGUGAUGGCGUCAGGUCAGCACCUCGGCAAGAAGCUGCACAUUCAGAACCAGAGUCCUCUGAUGUAUGAGUGGUACCAAGAGAAAUACGUUGGCGCCGCCCAUGGUCUUGCUGGCAUCUACUACUUCCUCAUGCAGCCGGGCUUCGUCUCAGUGGAGGAGGAAGUCAGCAGGCUGGUGAAACCCAGCGUCGACUACGUCUGCAGGCUCCGAUUCCCUUCAGGAAACUAUCCCCCGUGUGUUGGUGAUGAUCGGGAUUUGCUGGUUCAUUGGUGUCAUGGAUCCCCAGGGGUUGUCUACAUGCUGCUACAGGCCUACAAGAGAUUUGGUGUGCCUCAGUAUCUGGAGGAUGCCCUGCAGUGCGGGGAGGUGGUGUGGAGGUAUGGCUUGCUAAAAAAGGGCUACGGGCUUUGUCACGGUGCAGCAGGAAACGCCUACGCCUUCAUCGCCCUCUACAGGCAAACCCACGAUCCCAAGCACCUUUACAGAGCCUGCAUGUUUGCAGACUGGUGUAUGAACUAUGGUAAACAUGGAUGCCGAACGCCAGACACUCCAUUUUCACUUUUUGAAGGCAUGGCAGGCACCAUUUACUUCUUGGCCGACCUUCUGCAGCCGAUGACUGCAAAGUUCCCCGCCUUUGAGGUGUAGAUUGUAGCUGCAAGAAAUACGACAGCAAGAGGCCG